AUGUCUCACUUCUCUAUGUCUUCCAUACCUCUCAUGGCGGCACACGAGUUCGGCAAUCUCUCGUCAGCAUCCUCCCUCAGCCCUCCACCACAGGUCUUUGUCCUUGAACGCCACGAGUAUGGCGAGAUGUACGGCGAAGAUGGAACUCAGCAGACCAUCGCCAUCUACUCCAGCCUGGGAGCUGCCAUUGAAGCCGCUCGUAACCUCGCGGAAGAUGAAGCCAGCCAAUACGACUCCGACUUCAAUGUGGAAGAGGACGUUGGUCGACCAGGCCACUACCACCUAUCUUAUGCAUUCGAUUUUGACGACUAUUAUUCAAUCUCAUUCAACGUCUUUCCAAAGGCUCUUCAUGGCUCCUUGGAUAUGCACCACAACGCUAUGGCCUACCAUCAUCAUACUCAAGCCCAACCUCCGGCAUCCACCUACGGGCCUAUGAUCACCAUACCGCAGGGCAGACGCCUUCUGCGAGGUGCAAAGUUCAUGUUCACGGGCACACUGCAUUCAAUGGCUCGCGACUCUGCCAUAGCUGCAGUAGACGUGUACGGAGGGCAGAUGGCAGCGGACAACUCAAGUGUCGAUUAUGCAGUGGUUGGGAGCAAUCCACAUCCAGACCUAGGACUCGAGGUCGUCGACGAAAGGACGUUCCAUAAGAUUCUCGUCGAUGGAGUGCCGCCAAAUAAGAUCCUCCGUCACGAGCGACUGCGAGAGAUCAACAGCGGAGCCAGCAGUCCGCUCGGCCUUCCUCCACGCAUGUGA